GCUCACCAGCCUCACAGCCUCCAACGAAUACGCAAACCCUAUAUACGGCAAAUUCACUCCGGAUUACCGCCCUAGUUCUCAUCAUUCGCCAUCCAGAUCUCGGGCGGCCCUGAAAUCCAUGACACCGUCGGCAAUAGGGUGUAAAGACGACCACAACUACAACGACUACGACGACGACGACGUCGACUACAAUUUCAUCGGCGCCAUGUGAGCGCGAGCGUUACUAUAAUUACCUACCAAUUGUUCGGCCAUUAGAACGCCGCCCGGGCCGGCCUGAGGAUCAUCACAUUAUGCUGCGAACGUCAUAGCCUGAAACUAAGCUGAGGCCGGGUACAACAUUGACAUUCCUUUUUCGGCACCGCCCAGCAGCAUAAGCCAGCGCCAGCCUCUGGUGCAUAUAAGCUUCCAUGCCCACUCUGACGUGGCGCGUCCAUCUCGCAAGCCCAUUCUUAUCCAUCGCAACAUGAGAUUUCCAUUGUCUUUGUUGGGCGCGUCGUUGUUGACCUUGAAGACAUCUGCAAACCCGGUCGAUCAUGUCGACGCUGACAUAAUUUCUCUGCCGAAACGCGCAACACCUCAAGCUCCUAAUGGAUACACUCCUACUGAGGUCGACUGUCCUUCAGAUCGCCCUACCGUUCGCGUCGCGUCUGGCCUUUCGAAUCAAGAGACGGAAUGGCUACAGCGGAGACGAAACAACACCGUCCAGCCUCUUCGCGACCUGCUUGGACGCCUGACCAUCAAUGGCUUUGACACAAACAGCUACAUAGACAACAACCAAAACAAUGCUACAGCUCUGCCAAAUAUCGCCAUUGCCUUCUCUGGUGGUGGCUACCGCGCGACGCUGAAUGGUGCCGGUGUCUUGUCUGCUAUGGACAGCAGGACGGACAAUUCGACCAGCAGUGGCCAUAUUGGCGGUCUUCUUCAGGCCUCUACAUAUAUUGCUGGUCUAUCAGGAGGUUCCUGGCUGGUUGGCAGUAUCUACGCCAACAACUUUACCUCGGUCCAGAACAUUGUCAACACCAACCCGACCUUUUCCGGCUCUCUCUGGCAGUUUCAAGAUUCAAUCCUUCAGGGUCCAGACCAAGGUGGUAUUCAGAUCCUGAACACAGCAGAUUACUGGUCCAAUCUUCAUGACAGCGUAGAUGGAAAAGCCAGUGCUGGCUUCAAUACGUCCAUCACCGACUACUGGGCUCGCGCCUUGUCCUUCCAGCUCGUCAAUGCCACUGACGGUGGACCGGCUUAUACCUGGUCAUCGAUUGCUGAUGACCUAGAUUUCCGUGACGCGAACGCGCCUAUGCCCAUAAUUGUGGCAGACGAGCGUGAUCCGGGAGCUAAAAUCAUCAGCUCAAACACGACCGUCUACGAGUUUAACCCCUGGGAGAUGGGUAGCUUCGAUCCCACGUUAUAUGCCUUUGCACCCAUCAAAUAUGCCGGAUCUAGAUUCAAUGGUGGCCAGAUCGCAGAUGGCGCUCGUUGCGUCCGUGGCUUUGACAACGCAGCUUAUAUCAUGGGCACCUCUUCCUCCCUCUUCAACCAGUUCCUCCUUCAACUCGAUGGCACCAGCGCGCCACAAUUCAUCAAAGAUGCACUGAGCUCCAUUCUAUCCGAAAUCGGCAAUGAUGAAAACGAUAUUGCCGACUGGACCCCCAACCCCUUCUUCGGCUUUAACGAAGGCACCAACCCUAACGCCCAGUCUGAGCGCCUCACUCUCGUCGAUGGCGGUGAAGAUUUCCAAAAUAUACCUCUGAACCCACUAAUUCAGCCCCAGCGCGCAGUCGAUGUGAUUUUCGCCGUCGACUCCUCUGCAGAUACUUCGAACUGGCCCAACGGCACCGCCCUUGUUGCCACGUACGAGCGCUCACUCAACGAAACUAUCGAAAAUGGCACCGCAUUCCCUGCCAUACCUGACCAAAAUACCUUUGUCAACCUCGGUCUCAACUCGCGCCCAACAUUCUUCGGAUGCGACGCAGACAAUACCACCGGCGACGCCCCACUCAUCGUCUACAUCCCCAACUCGCCCUUCGUCUUCGACUCCAACGUUUCCACCAUAACACUCGACUAUACGAUCGAUGCGCGCAACGCCAUGAUCCAGAACGGAUACCUCACCGCCACGCGCGGCAACUCGACGCAGGACAGCGAGUGGCCGCAGUGUGUCGCCUGUGCGAUUAUGAGCCGCAGCUGGCACAAGAGCGGCGCCCAGGUACCGGACACGUGUAAUACCUGCUUCCAAAGGUAUUGCUGGGACGGCACGCUCGAUCAGCGACCUGUCACGUAUAACCCGGACAAUGUAUUCGCCAAAAUUAGUGCCGGACCGCCUGUAGCCAAUCCCCGUUCGAGUAUGCUUGCGGGUGCGGUUGCAAUCGCUGUUACUGUUUUGACGUUGUUUUGAGAGAAAAGCAUGGAGAGCAUGGUGUCACAUGGGCUUUGUUCGGUGUUUUGUUUUCUUUGCAUAUGGAGCAGAAGCACGUUCGAAGGAUGAUGUUCUACAAAAUUUUGGAAUCUGAGUGUGCAUGUUCGGGUCUUGAAAGCUUCGGCGAGUU